UUAACAUAACCUCUCCACCAGUACACAUGUGCUGAAGUGCUGAACAUUCGUCAUUCCAAAUAUUAUACGUUUUCAUCUUUUGACACAGAAAUUUUAUUUUCCGAUAUUCAGUGUACCUAGUCCACAAUAUUAUAGGUUACCUGUCGAUCAGUUUUCUGUAAUUUACCAUUGGUUCUCUCCCAGGAGGUGACCUGGCAUGCUAGUUACCUUUCCAACAUCUAUUAGAAAUGGAUCUAGAAGACUUCGAUCAACCGAAGAAAAUCAUCCGGGCAAAAAAGGCCAUAAAUAAGAAGACUAAAGUACACAUAGUUUUCGAUGAGAAAGCAAGGCGGGAUUAUCUAACAGGAUUUUCAAAGCGGAAGCAAGCCAGGAAGAAAAAAGCUGAAGAAGAAUUCAAAGUUCUGCUGAAAGAAGAGAAAAAGCGCAUAAAGCAGGAGGCACGAGAAUCGUAUAUGAAACUAACGAAGAGUUUUGAGCCUGUUCCUGAAGUUGAGCAUUUACAAACAGAAGAGUAUGAUCUUGGAACUCAUUCUGUAUGCAUUACAGAAUUAUCGACAGAUGAAAUUGCUAAGCAUAAUAAUUGGAUUGGAGCGAAUAGACCCGUAACCAUUAAGGAAGAAGAGGAAGAAGAAAUGCCUACAAAGAAAGAGGACGUAGAUGAAAUAGAAGGAAUGUCACUGAAGCCCACAAUAAAAACGGAAAAAGAGUCUGAAGAAGAUAAAUCACAAUUUCAGCCAAAUAAAAAUUUAAAGAAACAAAUUAGUAAAAAUGCUGCUGAGCUGGCCAAGAAUAGUAAGAUUUUUAAGUUGAAGCAACUUAUGGAACGUAGUAUAAACAAAAGAAGAUCCAGGAGUUUGAAAAAUAAGAAGAAAAAGUUCUUGAAACAACAUCAAAAGGGUUAUGGGAAAAAAUCAAACAAGAAGAAGAAGAAAAGAUAAUCAUAUUUUUUUUUUUUUUUUUUUUUUUUCAUUUUAAAGUGAUUCUCGAUGUGCCUCUUGUCUCUCCUCGAUUUACUUAAAUGCCUGUCAUGCUCCAGGCAUUCGCUUUUACAGGAUACACAUAUUUUUUUUCAUGAGGAAAAUUUACUUUGUGCUUUGCGAGAGAAAAAUGUCACAUAACAAGAAUGAAGUAACAUUCUUUUUUUAUUUUUUUCUUUUCCAAUUCCCAAUCAAUGAGGAAACUUUGCACAUACUUUGAAUAUCGCAGAUGAUUCAAAUAUUUUUGAAUCUUACAGUUACUUGGUUAGUUGAUAGAAGAAUUUUGAGAGAAAAAAUUCAAAUGUUCAAAGAACUUAAUGGAUAUUUUGAAUUUGUAAUUUCUGAAUUAUCUUAUUUUCCAUGUUCUGACAUCGUAAUUAAUUGGCUCAAUGUUUAACAUGCAGAAUAAAGUGAGUCAUUAUCCUGAA